AUGUAUGUUGGAGAUUUGAUGAAUGACAAUUGUGAUGUCAUAAUGAGAUUUGGAAAUUGUUGUAGCAGCAAGGAAAAUAAACAGAAGGAAGUUACCUCGGGAAUAGAUCUGGCAAAUGCGUCCUCCAUUGAGGAACGAAGAAUUGGAUCAGAAACAACAAACUCGAGGCUCACACUUCCAGUUAGACUUUACUUGAAGGUUCAGAAAGAAAGAGAAAGGGAGCACGUGGGUUUCAUGUCAUGGCUCACGCAGAGUGAGAGUAAUUCGGAGUGCUCCCCUAUUACUAAUACUGAUAUACUCCGAUUUGUUUUCCUCAACCUCGCACGAGUUGAUACGAUCCCGUUCAGCAACACCCAGUGUCAUGUGGGACAGCAGUGCCGUUAG